AUGGUAUUUGCCAUUGAGGAAAUCAACAACAGAACUGAUAUUCUUCCUGGAGUUAAGCUUGGGUAUAAAAUCUAUGAUUCAUGUGGAUCAACAGAAAUGACCACAAGAGCCUCACUGUCCUUGAUUAAUGGAAAAAGUACAUCUGCAAUGUCUUGCUCUAAACCUGAUACAGUUCAAGCAAUCAUAGGACAAACAUCAUCCAGCCCCUCAAUUGCCAUAGCUGCUACUGUGGGACCACUGCACAUACCUGUGGUCAGUCACUUUGCAACAUGUGCAUGCCUUAGUGACAAAAAUAAAUACCCAUCUUUCUUCAGAACUGUUCCAAGUGAUUACUACCAGAGCAGGGCUUUGGCUAAGUUGGUCAGGAAUUUUGGCUGGACAUGGGUAGGGGCCCUAUGCAGUGAUAAUGACUAUGGGAACAAUGGCAUUAAUGAAUUCAUCAUUGCAGCCAAAGAAGAGGGAAUCUGUGUUGAGUAUUCCAAAGCAAUCUUUAGAACAGACCCCAGAGAAAAAAUUCUGAAAGUAGUUGAGAUUAUCAAGGCAUCAACCUCCAAAGUGAUUGUAGCAUUUGUUUCAUAUUCUGAUAUUGGGGUUCUUUUUAAAGAGAUAGCUUUACAAAAUGUAACUGGGAUUCAAUGGAUUGGAAGUGAGUCUUGGAUAUCUGAUAUGAAUACAGCCAGUGUUGAAUGGGAGCAUACUUUGAUAGGAGCCCUGGGCUUUGCCAUACCAAAAGCUCAGAUCAAAGGCCUAGGAGAAUUUCUGACCAAGCUUAAUCCAGCAGAUGGUGUAGCUGCUUAUACUGAGUUGUGGGAAACAAUAUUUAACUGCAAAUUUUCCACAGAAGAAAACGUUGAAAUUAAACAAAUGUGCAGCGGCAAUGAAAGUCUCAAUCAGGUUAAAAACCAUUACGCAGAUGUUUCAGAAUUACGACUUGCCCAUAAUGUGUACAAGGCUGUGUAUGCUGUGGCUUAUACCCUGCAUAACAGAUAUAGCUGUUUAAAAAGGGACAGUGGACAAGAGGGUCUUAUUAAAUGUACAAAUAUAACAGAUAACAAACCAUGGCAGGUAGUCAAUGAGCUGAAAAAACUUCACUUCACCACAACGACUGGAGAGGAUGUAUAUUUUGAUGAAAAUGGGGACCCAGCAGCGAGGUAUGAACUGCUGAAUUGGCAACAGGCAAAAGAUGGUAAAAUACUUUUUGUUAAAGUGGGCUUUUAUGAUUCCUCUCUGCAAACAGACUCUAAGCUGUCAUUUAACAACUUUAGUAUAGUCUGGGCCCACAAUAGAUUACAGGUGCCAGUCUCUGUAUGUAGUCCAAGUUGUCCCCCAGGCUCCAGGAAGGCUGUCCAGAAAGGAAAACCAAUCUGCUGUUUUGACUGUAUAGCAUGUGCAGAGGGAGAAAUCAGUAAUAUAACAGAUUCUUUAACAUGUAUCAAGUGCCCACCUGAACUGUGGUCUAAUGACAGGAAAGAUACAUGUGUCUUAAAACUGGUGGAAUUUUUGUCAUUUAAGGAAAUAAUGGGGAUCAUCCUUGUAUCAUUUUCUUUGUUAGGAGUAUCUUUCACAAUCUGCAUCGCUGCUUUUUUUUUUAAACACAGAGACACACCUAUUGUUAGAGCAAAUAAUUCUGAACUGAGCUUCCUGCUGCUCUUUGCACUGACUCUGUGUUUCCUUUGUUCACUUACUUUUAUUGGUCAGCCCUCUAAGUGGUCCUGUAUGCUGCGUCACACAGCAUUUGGAAUCACAUUUGUCCUCUGCAUCUCCUGUGUUUUGGGGAAAACAGUAGUUGUGUUAAUGGCCUUCAGGGCUACACUUCCAGGAAGUAAUGUGAUGAAAUGGUUUGGGCCUCUACAGCAGAGAUUCAGCGUUCUUGCCAUCACUCUUGUUCAGGUCCUAAUUUGUAUACUUUGGUUAACAAUAUCCCCUCCUUUUCCCUACAAAAAUAUGAAAUACUACAAGGAAAAGAUUAUAUUAGAAUGUAAUGUAGGCUCAGCUGUAGGUUUUUGGUCUGUGCUGGGUUAUAUAGGACUCCUGGCUCUUUUGUGUUUUAUUUUGGCUUUUCUAGCACGGAAGCUGCCUGACAAUUUCAAUGAAGCCAAAUUCAUCACAUUUAGCAUGCUUAUAUUCUGUGCGGUUUGGAUAACCUUUAUUCCUGCUUAUGUCAGCUCUCCUGGAAAAUUCACUGUAGCUGUAGAAAUAUUUGCUAUUUUAGCAUCAAGCUUUGGUUUAUUAUUCUGCAUAUUUCUUCCAAAAUGCUAUAUCAUUAUACUAAAACCAGAGAAGAACACUAAAAAGCAAAUGAUGAGGAAAUGA